AUGACCAUUAUUUUUUUCAACUUUGAUUUUUUUUCCCUCUGUCAUCUCUCACUGUAGACAACAAAUACAGACGACCGUGGCGUGGUGUGGCGUGCCGUUUCGACACGUCUUUAAUCACAUUCACACCAGUAUCAAUCUCAAACCAAGAGUUUUGGUUCCACUCUCCGACUAAACUAAACUAAACUAAACCAAGAGUUUUGGUUCCACUCUCUCGCUUUAUUUGCCCUCCUUCCGCCUCAAAGACCUGUCUUUUCCGCUUCUCUUUCGCCAGUGGCUGUUCUAUGGCCGAAUCCCCAGAAUCGGGCACUGUGAUAGACCCCAAAUGCUUAAACCCUGACACAGAUCUGUCGUAUAAUGCGAAUUGCCGAGCGGAGAUCGACACUUCGCCGCCGAUCGAGUCAGUGAGAGAGGCGGCCAAUCGGUUCGGCGGCUUCGGUUUCUGGAGACCUUCUUACAGUACUAAAGUCUCAGAAGCCUUUCAGGAAAAUGUCAUGGAACUCAAGGCACAGGCUGCUGAGCUAAAGAAGGAUCUAAUUGUGAAGGAACGCGAAACGCUACAUGUGCUCAAGGAGCUUGAGGCCACUAAAGCCACAGUUGAAGAGCUCAGCUCAAAGCUGCAGCAGAAUAAUGAGGAGGAGAUGUUGAGAGAAGAUGUUCCUCUUCGCGGUCGUCAUAUCAAGCCAGCGGGUGUGGUACUGAAGGAUUUAAGCCAGGCGAAGAUGAAUCUUUGCAAGACGACGGUGGAUCUCGCGGGUAUACGCGGAAUGGUUGAGCAUUUGAACAAUCAGCUGAAUGAGGAAAAGGCUGCACUUGAGAAGACACGCGAGAGACUUAUGCAGAAAUCUCUCAAGGUGAUUUCUCUAGAAGAAGAAGCGACGGUAAGAUCUUUUGUCAAGAACGGCGAGAAAGAUGCAGAGAGUAAGGCAUUAGUAAUGAUGAACGAGGUUCAAAGACUCAGCCGUGAAGCUCAAGAGUUCAAGAAAACAGGAGAGGAUGCACGGACGGAAGCUGUGAAAGCAAUGGCUGAGAUUGAACACACGAGAGACAAGAUCAAAACGGCGAAGAUAAGGUUGGUGGCAGCUAGAAACAUGAAGGAAGCGGCUAGAGCGGCGGAGGCGGUUGCAAUCGCCGAGAUUAAGGCUGUUACCGGAAGUAAAAACGCCACCGUGACUAUCUCUGCUGAAGAGUAUGCCGCGCUCGCUCGCAAAGGUAGAGACGCAGAGGAAGAUGCGAGGAAGCGAGUGGAAGACGCGAUGUUGAGAGUUGAAGAAGCGAAUGUUUCGAAGAAGGAUGUUCUGAAGAAAGUAGACGAAGCGUCCCGAGAAAUCGAAACCAGCAAGAGGGCAUUGGAGGAAGCUGUGGAGAGAGUCGACGCUGCAAACGCUACGAAACUCGAAGUAGAAGAGGCGCUGCGGAAAUGCUCGUCGGAGAACGGACAGAGGAGGAGAUCAUCUUCUUCGGUGAACAAUACUUCCAGGUUCAAGAACAGAAGAGAGACGACAACAGCAACCACAACACGUCUGAUGGAUGUAAACGGUCUGAGUCUGACAUACGAUGUUGUUGUAGUGCCAUCGUCACCAGUCCCUGUUUUGAAGCCAACAAUGUCAAUCGGGCAAAUACUCAGCAAGAAGCUUCUUCUUGCAGAGGACUCGGAGAUGAAUGUUGCUAGCGAGAGAAGGAAGAUGUCGUUGGGUCAGAUGCUGGCAAAGAAUAGCGAUGGUGAGAGAACUGUGAGUAAGAGUGCAGGGAAGGAGAAUGGGAAAAGAUCAGCGACUCGAAAGAGAAAGAACUUUGGAUUUGCUAAGAUCUCUGUGUUGUUAAACAAAGAGAGCAAAGAUAAGAAGAAGAAGAAGAUGAAGAAGAAAGAGAUUGCUUUGAACUUGAGGUGACCCAAAUUAUUCAAUGUUUUGACUUCUUGCUUGUGUUAUGUUACGUUAACCAACUGGGUUUUUCCUAAUUUAGAUGUGUAUCAAGCAUUUUAUUAUAAUGUGGAUCCCAACUAUCUAAUCCCAAUACGAUAUUAGCUUUGACAGAAACGAGAUAGAAAAAGAUGAAGUGUGUUAAUUUUUCAUUUACAAAUUACGAAGUCU